CCUGGUCUUGUUUGUCUUGCGGGCCACUCUCUUGAUAUUGUAUCGUCUUGGAAUCCUUCAGCCUCGUCCUCAGCAGAGAAUCGGCGCGAAGCUGCUUUUGCCCUACCCUUACGUUGGCGUGAGACUUGACUCGUACCGCUUGGAACUCUACGUCACGCUCAACGGCGCCUAAAAGAGAGGAGUCCUGUUCUGCUUCAGCUCUUCGGUUACAGACUACACCGCUUGGACGACGGAAUAGCUUGUCAUAAGCUCGACUACAGUUGGAGAAGGGAGCAUACGAAUACAGCGAGGAUAGGACAGCUGCAAGAGCAGGAACCAAACGCUUCGACUUCGCACCGCCUCACUCACCGAUCGACAGCUGCCGUCAACACAAGGCCCACGACUGGACUUUCCGGUCAUCGAGCAGCUAUUUCCCUCUCUUCAAAGCCGACCGCGCGAUAAGACCGCGGCGGAGCAACAACGACCGGCGACAUGUCUCGCCAACAACAGCAGCCAGGCGGAUCCCGCAAGAUCUCCUUCAACGUGUCGGAGCAAUAUGACAUUCAAGAUGUGGUUGGAGAGGGCGCAUACGGAGUCGUUUGUUCGGCACUGCACAAGCCGUCAGGACAAAAGGUGGCCAUCAAGAAGAUCACGCCCUUCGAUCACUCCAUGUUCUGUCUCAGAACGUUGCGAGAGAUGAAGCUUCUGCGAUACUUCAACCACGAGAACAUCAUUUCAAUUCUGGACAUUCAGAAGCCGCGCAACUAUGAGAGCUUCUCCGAAGUCUACCUCAUCCAGGAGCUCAUGGAGACCGACAUGCACAGAGUCAUCCGCACGCAGGAGCUGUCCGACGACCACUGCCAGUACUUCAUCUACCAGACCCUCCGCGCAUUGAAAGCAAUGCACUCAGCCAAUGUCCUCCAUCGCGAUCUCAAGCCCUCAAACCUUCUGCUCAAUGCAAACUGCGAUCUGAAGGUCUGCGAUUUCGGUCUCGCGCGUUCAGCUGCCAGCACAGAAGACAAUCAGGGUUUCAUGACGGAAUACGUGGCCACGAGAUGGUACCGUGCACCAGAAAUCAUGCUUACCUUCAAAGAAUACACCAAAGCCAUCGAUGUGUGGUCAGUCGGCUGUAUCUUGGCAGAGAUGCUGAGCGGCAAGCCGUUGUUCCCGGGCAAGGAUUACCACCACCAAUUGACCUUGAUCCUGGAUGUGCUUGGAACGCCUACCAUGGAGGACUACUACGGCAUCAAGUCGAGGAGAGCACGCGAGUACAUUCGCAGCUUGCCAUUCAAGAAGAAGAUCCCGUGGAAGGCCAUGUUCCCAAAGACUUCGGACCUGGCACUCGACCUGCUUGAGAAGCUGCUCGCUUUCAACCCGGCGAAGCGUAUCACUGUGGAGGAGGCGCUGAAGCACCCAUACCUCGAGCCAUAUCACGACCCAGAAGACGAGCCUACGGCAGACCCCAUUCCCGAGGAGUUUUUCGAUUUCGACAAGAACAAGGACAAUCUAUCCAAGGAGCAGCUGAAGCGUCUGAUUUACGAGGAGAUCAUGCGGUAACGUCUCAUCUAACCCAAAAAUAUAUCUUACGAAUUAUCUUUUAUCAAUCUCUUAUUUCUAUUUAUCUUCCCCCAUCUCCAUGCAGAAAUCUACAAAUGACCAUCUCAUCCCAUCUCCUCAGAAAUUCACUCGCGACCGGUCAGACAGCACAUUGACUCCUUCGACUCCUGCUCUCACGACCUCUUCUCCUCCGAACAACUCACCUGGGCGACUUCAGCCUUCUCUGUACGAUGGCAAUAACGGCGACAUUCCGAUUGGUAUCGAAGAUCGAUUGUGGAGGGGGAGGAGGUGCUUUACGAUCUGAGAAUACGCGGACAUGGCAGAUGGUGAAACGGCGAGAGUGGGUUCUACUGAUGAGGAAGAAGAAGAGGAGAUCGGUUGUGCGGCUUGGACGCCUUGGUAUGAGACGUUAAGACGCU